GUUUGCUUGCACGCCGUCGCUUUGACAGUGGUGUAACAACCUUCGUGAGAGUCGUGCCGUGCCCUGUAUCGUGCCUACAAAUUGUGAUUAAUAAAAAAAAAUAUAUACAUAUAUAUAAUCGCGGCUAUCGUGGUAUUUUCGAAAAACAGUUUAGCUUCAGUGGAGCUUGUGACGCGCCUUCUCGAACUUCGUUAUUGAACAUCAGUUAAAUUGCAGACAUCUCGCUGAUAGGAUCGGCGAAGACACCCCUCAAAGUUUCUUCUCCUCCCCUCCCCCUACUUAGAAAUUCAUCGCGAGAGCGCGAUAGGUCGUCGCGAGCGUGCUUUCAAAGUUCUCCCACGCGCGAGAGCGAAGCGCGCAGCUGAGAGAAGUGGAUCGGUUCGAUCGAUGCUCCGGCUCGGUAGGAUCGACGAUUUUAAACACACUCGCGAACGUUUGAGUAAACAUUAGACACGAGACAGUUGACCGAGUGCUGGCGGACACAAGGGAGCCAUUAUUGCGACAGUCCGCGGGCACGUCGUGCAUGAUCUGUGCGCGUGAUAAAAACGUUGUUUGCUGCGACACGGGAUUCCUUCGUCGCUAGGAGAGGCGGGAAUCGUCCUUUUUCGGGGAGUCUCGGUGCGGUUUCCUGUCCAGGAGGUUACACCGGAAGUGCACCGGCGAAGAAGAGGAAUGACACGCGUUUGGUGAUCUCCUCGUGAAAGUCCGGCCGUCUCUCGUUUAAUAACUCAAUUGUAACGAUGCCACGUUUCGUCUCGCUUCGUCUGAAGAUGCCUUUCACGUUAUAAAGUGAAUUUCAUCGAAAGAAGCAGUACACUUACGAUGGGCAAGCUUUUGAGUCUUUUGGCUCGAGAUGAGUCUACCUGUUGCACCCCUCAGAAGUACGACGUCUUCUUGGAUUUCGAAAAUGCACAACCAUCGGACAUCGAACGUGAGACAUUCGAGGCGGUGCAGAGAGUGCUGAAAAAUUCAGAGUCUAUUUUGGAGGAGAUACAAUGUUACAAAGGAGCUGGGAAAGAAAUCAGAGAAGCAAUUUCAGCACCCACGGAAGAAUGUCAACGGAAAGCAUAUCUGACCGUAGCACCCCUCGUCGCAAAACUCAAACGGUUCUAUGAAUUUUCCUUGGAACUCGAAAGGGUUGUGCCGAAAAUUCUGGGGCAAUUGUGCUCGGGAAAUCUCUCGCCGACGCAACAUCUGGAAACGCAGCAGGCUCUAGUCAAGCAAUUGGCAGAAAUAUUGGAAUUUGUAUUAAAGUUCGACGAGUAUAAAAUGAAAACGCCAGCGAUUCAGAACGACUUCAGCUACUAUCGUAGAACAUUGACGAGGGCUUCACUAGCGCAUCAGGACAACGCCGAAAAGGACCUGGUCGUCGGGAACGAACUCGCCAACAGAAUGUCCUUGUUUUACGCCCACGCGACACCCAUGCUUCGAGUUCUGAGUCACGCGACCAUUACUUUCUUGAUAGACAACGAAGAUAUAGCAAGGGAAAACAUUACAGAAACGCUUGGUACAAUGGCAAAAGUGUGUCUUCGAAUGUUGGAAAAUCCGAAUCUGCUGGCGCAAUUCCAACGAGAGGAGACUCAACUCUUUGUCUUAAGGGUUAUGGUGGGUCUGGUGAUCCUCUACGAUCAUGUACAUCCCCAAGGUGCCUUUGUAAAGGGUUCAAACGUGGAUGUCAAAGGCUGUGUGAAGCUGUUAAAGGAUCAGCCGCCUUGCAAAAGCGAGGGACUGCUCAACGCCCUCCGCUACACCACAAAGCAUUUGAACGAGGAGAACACGCCGAAGAAUAUAAAGAAUCUGCUCGCUGCAUGAUUACCGAAGCAACGCGGUUGCUGCAUCAGAAGCUGAGAUUGCCGGCCGCACUUCCUGGCAGACGUUUUUGUCAAGCGGUGUCGUUUCAAACGACCGUCUUUAUAGAUCGGCGCGCUAGGUCCAAGGCCGUCUC